AUGGAGGCCGUCAUUCCCAGUUAUGCCUGCAAGAUCAAUGGCAGGGAUCUCAAGAAAGCUGCAAAUAAGAGGGUGGAUUCCCCAAUAACGCCCCCUUUCAGGGAUGGCCAGGAGAUGGAGUCUUUGCUAUCUGCGAUCUCCGAGAGAGCGUCGCCUUUCCCCUUCGACGAAGAAUCGAAUGCCGGGAAGCACCGACUCGCCGAUUAUUCGCAGAAGAGCCCUGCCAAGCCGAUCGCCCCUGAUGAGGCUGCAAAGACGCCUUCCGACGAUACAGGAGACAAGGUUGAAGUUUCCAAGACGCAGCAAACAGUGGCGCCUAGUGAUACGAAAGAAGGCAGCUCUACUGGUGUAACCCCGGAUGCGGAAAACAACGGACCAGCCGAGAAAGGGGAUCAUGGGGAAAAGAAUGGCAACAAGCCGGAGCCACCUCUUCCCUCGAACAUUCCGGCCCGGCCACCUUCAACGAAAUCUCGUAACGCAAGUUUGUCGCGAGCUGAUGGUAGGACUCCAAUCGGUGGACAUUCUCGAAGCUCAAGCCUGUCGCGGAUGUCAAUUCCCAUAGCGGCAAGUCCUAGCCUCUUCUAUCGGGAGCCCUUUCAUAAGCUAUGGCACUCGGAGUCUCCGAUAUACGUCCCACCAGGCGGUGUCACGAAGGAAGACCAGCCAACACGACCGGAGAGUGGCAAAGAAAUGGUUGAGAUAAGAUCCAGAAAUCCAAGCAUCACCCGCCCUUUAUUUGCUUGUAUGGCCGCGGGUCCGUCAAAUUCCCAUCCCUUGGAAUUUUCCAGUCGCUCUGUCAGCCGUGGACGACAGCCCUUGGCAAAGGCAAAGGCAACCGAGGGGGACGUGGCGGCUCUGGUCAAUACGAGAACAAGUCGGGCUACUGGAAGUGCAGACCGGGGGCGCCAGGCCUCGAACAAUCGCAGUAUCGUAUCACGCGGCGCCAUUUCUACGACAUCCUCUGCCUCCUGGCUGUUUGAGACGCCUCCGCUGCGGACACAGCCGGGCUUGGAUCCCGACGACGAGAUCAUUGCUAUGAUCAGUCUCAUAAGCCGGUCCUGCCCUGUCCACAACCAUUCUCAAGUUCAGACACAGGCGCAAGGAAAUCAACCUGGUGGAUCCACGACAACUGCAACUUCAAAUGCAGGCGAGCUCGCACCGCACAUACCUGUUGUCGGAGGGGCAGAAGACAGCAUUUACGAGGUGUUUUUACCACCCAAUAUACGCGAGCUGGUAAAUUCGUUGCCUAGCUCAGAUUCACGAAAUCAAGCCACUUUGCGUGGUCUGGAACUUGCCAGAAAUCGCGAGUCUCCGAAAUUCGACCCGCCUACACCAACGGCUAUGCAAUAUGAUGUCAGCUUGAAAGACGAGAAAAACAUUCGACGAGUCUCUUCUGUUUAG